AUGUCGAUAUUUACCAGCUCUAUCUCGGCGGUUUCGUCGUCCAUUGUCGUCUCGAGUUUGGACGGUCGCCGUCGUCGUCGUGUGGACGACGCUGAUGUCCCCGUCGAGCCCAACCUCGACGAGUACGUUCGUACGGCCGACUUCGACAAAGAGUGUCGCGAGAAGGCUCUCAUUUUCGCCAACCCGUCCUCCGACCAGGGCGGUUGCUCCGAGGAUGACCUCUGGGCUAGCGACGACAGUGUCUCGAGCGCCACCACCACUGCCGCGCCCAGCCCGUACGACGUUUCCAAACUCGAAGCCCAUCUUUACUACGCCGGCUUGGGACCCAAGGGACACGGACCCAAGCUCAUCUACAGAACGUCUGAUGACGUUUUUGAAGCACCUUCUGGCCCCGAGGCGUACAAGCGGCUCAUGAGGAUUGUCGCGGUUCCUGAUACCUUCGAGUUUGGUACAGAUGUAACGUGGGAUGGGGUUCGGGAUCAGGUUGUGAUGCUGCUCAACCAGAGGAACAUCAAAGUUACGCUCGUCGAUUUCGUCCGAUUCACUUGGUUGAAGAAGCCAGCGGACCGGGAGAUCGAGGACGACGACGAGGACGAGGACGACGAUGCAAAGGAAGAGGAAGAUUUGAACUACGACGACAUCCCCCGCAUCCAGACCGUCGAGUACGGGGACCGCCAUUACACCAACCCGACAAUCUGGAUUGCAGUCUUGCCCGACACGCUCACCGGGAGCGUCGCCCACGCCUCCUCCCUCGACAUCCGUGCCUACCUCGACUCGCUCCACAUCCAGAACAUCGACAUCGCUUACAGGGAGUCGACCUACAAGCCGUCGCUCGCCCACGCCCACGGCCCAGCCCUUUUCCCCCCAGCCGAAGACGGCGACUCCCUCAAAGACGUCAUUGACAAUGUCUCCGUUGCCCUCAGUCUUCCUAUCGCCGGCCGUAAGACGUCGAUGCAGGGCACUCUGGGCCCUUAUUUCCAUGUGGGGGAGAAGCUCUACGCCAUUACUGUCCGUCAUAACCUCUUCGUGCUCAGCGGAGACAACGACGAGUAUCGCUACCACGAAUCCAUGCCAAAGAAAGAGGUCAUAGUCAUGGGCCGUCUCGCGUUCAACAACUACCUGGCAUCUAUCAAGGCUCUGAUCGGCGCACUUAUCGACACAGCCAAACGUCUCGACAAGAAGAUCACAACGUUCAGAGACCGGGUCGAAAACGGAAUCAACACCGUCGAGUCGCAGAGGAAGCUGACCGAGCACGAGACCGAGCUUGCCAGAAUCCUCCGCAAGAUCGACGAUCUCAAAAUCUUCUUCGUCGAUAUCAAGAGGAAAUGGAGCAAAGGCAAGGACCGAGUUAUUGGAUUUGUCCGCUGGGCUCCCCCCAUUGGUGUCGGCGUCGCCCGUCAUCGGUACACGCGCGACCUCUGCGUCAUCGAGCUUUACAAGGACAAGUUCACGUCUAUGAUGGGGAACGUCUUGAGCCUUGUCACUCAUCUCAGCCGUGCUUCUCCCACCCCUCCCCCCUUUUCUCUUCCAGGUCCUGAGAUGUCCGAGGCGAAGCUCAAGUCGCUAAUUCACGAGCAUGCGGACGUUCCCUCCAAGUUCAAGUACCCCGAAAACGGUCUGCUUAUUCUCGGAAGCAUGCUGAGCACCGACCAAAUCAAGCACCCCGCCAACCUGAACCUCCUCCAAGGCGAUCGCGUAACCGUUCGUCGUGUCCUCAAGCGUGGCUUCGCCACCAACACCACCGUCGGAACCCUCACAAAGUUCAUGUCGUUUGUCCGACAGUACUUCCGGAACGGCAACCAGGAGUCGCUCGGGGUCGCCAUCCUCCCCCACGAGCAGGACUCGGGCACCUUCUCCAGGGGUGGUGACUCGGGAUCCCUUAUCGCCUCACCCGCCGGCGAGUUCGUUGCCCUGCUCACAGGCGGUUGCGGUUCCAGUAAAGGAACGGCGGACUCGGACGCAUCCGACAUCAUCACCUACGCCACGCCCUUUGAGUGGGUGUGGCAACUCGUCAAGACCGAGUUCCCGGAGGCUGACUUGUGUUUUGACAACCUUCAAGAGUUCCUUGCCGACGUGGCCUAG